UCAGCCUGGCUUGCUAGGCCCCAAGGCACAUUGCAGAAUUAAUAUUUUACAUGGAAGAACUUAGAGCACAUGUAAGGAAGUACGGACCUGUAAUGCAGAGGUAUUAUGUGCAGUACCUUUCUGGCUUUGAUGCUGUUGUCCUCAAUGAACUCGUGCAGAAUCUUUCUGUUUGCCCUGAAGAUGAAUCAAUCAUCAUGUCCUCUUUUGUUAACACUAUGACUUCCCUAAGUGUGAAACAAGUUGAAGAUGGGGAAGUAUUUGAUUUCAGAGGAAUGAGAUUAGAUUGGUUUAGGUUACAGGCAUAUACUAGUGUCUCUAAGGCUUCACUUGGCCUUGCAGAUCACAGAGAACUGGGAAAGAUGAUGAAUACAAUAAUUUUUCAUACAAAAAUGGUAGAUUCCUUGGUGGAAAUGUUGGUGGAAACAUCAGAUCUCUCCAUAUUUUGUUUUUAUAGUCGUGCUUUUGAGAAGAUGUUUCAACAGUGUUUGGAGUUACCCUCUCAGUCAAGAUACUCAAUUGCAUUUCCGCUACUUUGCACUCAUUUUAUGAGUUGCACACAUGAACUGUGUCCAGAAGAGCGACAUCAUAUUGGAGAUCGCAGUCUUUCCUUAUGUAAUAUGUUUCUGGAUGAAAUGGCCAAACAAGCUCGAAAUCUCAUCACUGAUAUUUGCACAGAACAGUGUACACUAAGUGACCAGUUACUUCCCAAGCAUUGUGCCAAAACCAUCAGUCAAGCAGUGAAUAAGAAGUCAAAAAAACAGACUGGUAAGAAAGGGGAACCUGAAAGAGAGAAACCAGGUGUUGAGAGCAUGAGGAAAAACAGGCUGGUAGUGACCAACCUUGAUAAAUUGCACACUGCACUUUCAGAGUUAUGUUUCUCUAUAAAUUAUGUACCAAACAUGGUGGUAUGGGAACAUACCUUUACCCCACGAGAAUAUUUGACUUCUCAUCUGGAAAUCCGCUUUACUAAGUCAAUUGUUGGGAUGACUAUGUAUAAUCAAGCCACACAGGAAAUUGCAAAACCGUCAGAGCUUCUUACAAGUGUAAGAGCAUACAUGACUGUACUCCAGUCAAUAGAAAACUAUGUGCAGAUUGAUAUUACAAGAGUAUUUAAUAAUGUUCUUCUUCAACAAACACAACAUUUAGAUAGUCAUGGAGAGCCAACUAUUACAAGCCUAUACACAAAUUGGUAUUUGGAAACUUUGUUAAGACAAGUUAGCAAUGGCCAUAUAGCUUAUUUUCCUGCAAUGAAAGCAUUUGUGAACUUACCUACAGAAAAUGAAUUAACAUUCAAUGCAGAGGAAUAUUCUGACAUAUCAGAAAUGAGGUCAUUAUCAGAACUACUAGGCCCGUAUGGUAUGAAGUUCCUAAGUGAAAGCCUUAUGUGGCAUAUUUCAUCACAAGUUGCUGAACUUAAGAAACUUGUGGUGGAGAAUGUUGAUGUGCUAACACAAAUGAGGACCAGCUUUGACAAACCAGACCAGAUGGCUGCACUCUUUAAAAGAUUAUCAUCUGUUGACAGUGUCUUGAAGAGGAUGACAAUAAUUGGUGUAAUUUUAUCCUUCCGAUCGUUGGCACAAGAAGCACUUAGAGAUGUCUUGUCCUACCACAUUCCUUUUCUUGUAAGUUCAAUUGAAGAUUUUAAGGAUCACAUUCCAAGAGAAACUGAUAUGAAGGUUGCAAUGAAUGUGUAUGAAUUAUCUUCAGCUGCUGGAUUACCUUGUGAAAUUGAUCCUGCCUUGGUGGUAGCUCUUUCCUCACAAAAAUCAGAAAACAUUAGUCCAGAAGAAGAAUAUAAAAUUGCCUGCCUCCUCAUGGUCUUUGUGGCAGUUUCUUUGCCAACACUGGCCAGUAAUGUGAUGUCUCAGUACAGCCCUGCUAUCGAAGGGCACUGCAACAACAUACAUUGUUUGGCCAAAGCCAUCAACCAGAUCGCUGCAGCUUUGUUUACAAUUCACAAAGGAAGCAUUGAAGACCGUCUUAAAGAAUUUCUGGCGCUUGCAUCCUCCAGUCUACUGAAAAUUGGCCAGGAGACAGAUAAAACUACAACAAGAAACAGAGAAUCUGUGUAUUUACUGUUAGAUAUGAUUGUGCAAGAAUCCCCAUUCCUGACAAUGGAUCUUUUGGAAUCUUGUUUUCCUUAUGUCUUGCUGCGAAAUGCAUACCACGCAGUCUACAAACAAAGUGUUACAUCUUCUGCAUAAAAUAUCUACUUAUUCGAGACAAGCACGCAUUUUUGUUGCCUAAGUUUUACCUAUAAACUGUGGAACUGUUUUACCUUAAGGCCUGAAAAACAGUUUGUGGAUUAUAAAUUUCUUUCAUACGGUUGUAUUUUCUGAUCAUUGGUUUCUUAAUAUGGUUGUACUACAAUAUACUUGGUUGAUUUAGGUUGCAUAUUCACUGAAUUCACUGAAAUUAUUCCUAUAAUUUUAGAGUAUCAUUUGUUUGAAAAGCAUACAUUAUCUACAUGUUUUUGAUAUUUGAUAAUGAAAAAAAUCUUUGCUUGUUUAUUUCUGAAAAAGAAUUGUAUUUAGUGAUUAUUUUAGAUAGCGAUAUUAUAGCAUUCAUCUGUGUGUAAAUUAUUUCAUAUAGGGAAGAGUUCUGAUCUGUACCUAUGGUUCUUAUUGAACACAAAAUUGGAUGUGCAUUUCUGUGAUGUUAUGAAUACAUUUCUACUUUAUUUUGAAACAUUUGCCAAACUAAAUACUGUAACACUGUAUAACAUUAAAAAUGUUAAAGGACUGCUUAGUAUUAGAAGCAGAUCGUGUUUGGAAAUUCUAAAACAGCAGCAUAUGUUGUUGCUUGUAUAAAGCCUAGUGAUAAUUUUUAGACUAACUUCCAUGGUGCCCUGUUGGCAUUAGCACUACCAUUGUACCCUGCUGUAUAAUAAACAAUCUUAGACAUUUAUCAAUUGUUGAUACAAAUGUUAGUCCCUAACCACUUUUUAUAUGUUUUAAAUUUUUGAAAUUCAAGUGUACCUGCCAUAACAUAAAAUAAACACUAGACUGUAACACA